AUGGAUAAAGGGAAGGGAUUGGCGAGGAGGUGGGCAGUAGAGUUAGCCGACAGCACGGGGUCCUCCACCUCGUCGUCUGCCGCUGUUCCCGAUCCCCUUGGCUUCACCAGAUCCGUCCAUGAACAGGUAGAUCUCUUUCUCGGAGGUGGUGCUCGAAUUCCGUUGAAGAUGGCGUUUUUUUUUUGCGGUUCCGUUGGUGAUCAUCUUUUCGAUCCACCGGGGGUUGUUUACUGUAGUUGAGUAACUCGCGUUGACCUUCUUCGUCCCCUGCUCAGGACGAUGCCAGCAGUUCCCGGCAGAAGAAGGAUGCCGAGGCUCUCUGGAAAGCGCAGGUAUCUGAUAGCAUAAGAUUUAUGCAGAUUUGUGUCGUGUUGGCGUAAUUGUUUUUCUUUCCACGCCUGUGAAUUCCGGUUUUUGUUGUUGUGCAGGACUCCUUCUGCCGAGUUUAUGAAUUGACGUUCCUGGUUCAUUAUUUUAGCUUAGGGUAUUCUGGUUUAGUUUAAUUUUGAUACUAUGAAACCUGUAGAAUUGCUAAGAAAUCGAUGUGUUUGCUCAAGUUAAAAGCAGUGUCUACCGACGAGGAAGAUUCUGCAUCCCACGAGGCUUGAUGUGAAGGAAUUUAUUAUCCUUCUCUAAUCAGAACCUGUGAUCUGUUAUUAUUUACCCACAAUUGAUAUUGUUAUUGGGGGGUUUUUGGAUGGAAGGGCUUGCUGUAUCCGAUUAGUUCUAAUUUUUUUUUGGGCCAACUCAAUUGAUGUUAUUCUUAUCCAUACAGGUUUAUCACCUCCACUAAUUAUCUGCAAAUCAUACAAGUUUUUUUAUUUUUAUCAAAAGAUUUAUUUUAUAAAGGCUGUUCUUUGUAUCGCCUUUUUUUUCCUAAAACGUUUCCUUGAACAUAUUUAUUGAGAUGCAGAGCUAUUAUGUUACGCUGCCAGGUUGUUGUACAUGUGGUGCAUUGCGUAUGACAAAUAAGUCUCUCUAGACUGUUUUCUAAACAUUCUUCGAAACAUGUUCAGCCAUCUGAUCCGCUUGAAUUGUAAUACAGUUUGUUGUUGCGCCAAGAACUAGGAUAUUCCCUGUGUAGCUCAUCACAGCCAGGAAGGAUACAUCUUUCUAAAUUUCACACCCUGAGAUGUGUUUAACAUCUUCUUUGCACUUUUGUUUUCCAUCCUUUAACACUUUGGGUGUGAUUAAACCUAAGAAGAUGUAUAAUUGUGCUUCCCUGAAGUUUUGCAAAUGAUUCUUAGAAAUUAGUAUCCGGUUACUGUUUCCUUUAUGUUCUCUGAGUUCGGGAUUUUUGAGUUGUCUGAGAAUAUCCUUUGCCAUGUUUUGGGUUAUCGAACUAGAUAUAAUUUGUAUUAUACGGCUGGCUGAUAUGUUCUUUUCUCAUUCCCUCUAUGCAUAUGAGAAGAAAGCUUGGGAAGUUGCUCAGGCGCCAUUCAAGAAUCUAUUAAUGAUGGGCUUCAUGAUGUGGAUGGCUGGAAGCACGGUCCACUUGUUCAGUAUUGGCAUCACAUUUUCAGCUCUCUGGCAACCUGUGAGCGCCCUUCAGAACGUUGGUAAAGGUACGAUAAUGGAAUUCGACUUCAGUGAGUGGAUGCUCCCUGCAUCACUGGGGGGGCUAAAUGAGUUGAUUUAUAUUUCAUUAUUGUUCAUUCGAAUGUGGGCUUUUGCCAUAUAAUAGAAAGUCAACUGUAGACUUCUUUCAGUUGCAUACUCGAAAUGCAUCUGUCCGCUGACUUUUAUCGACAAUUGCCAACUUGGUGAUUUAACUACUCUAACUUCAUCUUGCAGUUUUUGAGCCUUACAAGGACUCAAGAGUGGAGACUUUAGCCCCCAAGCUGCUAUUUAUAGCCUUGAACUUGGUGGGCCUCGGGCUGGGUUUCUAUAAGGUAACCUGUGUUCUAACCCUGGAAUUAUCUUUUUCCUCUUAUGGGACUGUUCGUUCAGCUGACUGUGGUUUCUUCGCACUUUUAUCUGUUCAUCUGACAGUUGAACACCUUGGGGCUUCUUCCAACCCAUGUAUCGGACUGGGUCUCAUCCCUCCCUCCUCCUCCAGUAUGUUUCAUCCCUGAAACUCCUUCAGGGAGAGAUUACUGUCACUUGUCUCCUGUUGGAGCCAUUUUCAUGUACUAAUUUCCACCGCUGUGCUCAUUAACUGCAACAGGAAGUCGAAUUCUCCGGUGGAAACCUUCCAUUCCAUUAA